CAACGUGGGAUUUAUCCAAUCAAAUGUAUUUAACAAUGCAACUCUUCUUGCUGCCAUUGUUGUUGUUACUGCUGCUGUUACUCUGCCACGCCCCCGUCCCCGCCCACUGUCAGUUGCAAUGCAAUGGCACCAAUCGCCAAAAGCGUCUUGUCAUACGCAAUCCGGAAACUCGACAGCUGGCCAAUCUGGACAGCUGCCAGUAUAACGUGGCAUCGUGGAGCACGCAAGUGUGUCAAGUGCGCAUCGAUUUCGAGCGAUUUGAGCUGCCACAGCCACAGCUUCUUGGCAACGGGGAGCAGCUACUGGAGUGCGUGGACUAUUUGCAAGUGCAGCGUUUCAAGCUGUGCGGUCGCAACACCGGCCAACACAUCUAUGUGCCUUUAAAGCACGGCGAACUACUCGAGUUGCACUUCAGUCUCAGUUCACGCUCCUCGCAGUCGACGUGGCAGCUGCGACUGACGCAGCUGGAGUGCCCGCAAGAGUCAAAAGCACUAGAUGGCUCAGCCGCGACAAAUAAAAUUCCGCUGUUUCCCACUGUGCGUCCAAUGCUGCCCUUCUUGGGCGGUCGUCUGCCACGCACCUUCUUUGGUUUCAAUGGCAGUCCAGGACCUGCCGAGCAGCUGCUCCAAUCGCUAACUGCGAGUCCUGACGAGGAUUAUGACUUGCUCGCCCCGCUGGGCUGUGAUCAGUUCUAUCGUAGCACGAAUGGUGGCAUUGUCAGUUUCAACUAUGCGGGAGGAAUAUAUAUGCCCAACAUGAAUUACGCAAUCUGUGUCCAAUCGAAGGGCCAGAGCGAAAUAAGCUACACCAUCGAUCAUUUUGCAUUGUCCACGAAUAGGGAUGAUACGGGUCCGGGCUACGACACGGAUUGCCACAGCACCGUACGCACUACUGGCCGUGCCUCCGACUAUUUGCUCAUUCCGAACUCGUACAUGGCCAACAAUGUGGCGCUGCAGCCAACUUAUUACUGCGGCAGUGGACUCGUCGGCACCAAACUGCGUGCCCGCGCACCCUUUAUCAUAUACUUUUCCAGCGAUGCACAGACAAAUAUGUCGGAAACGGGCUUUCAACUGACCUAUAAUGUCGAACAGCAGUCGCGCGCACAAGCCCAAGCCGAGUUGUAAAUACUAAAAUAUUCAAUUGCCGAUGUUUGUGUUUACAUAUGCAAAAUAAAGCGACGCAUUUUAACUAAA